AGAAACAAACCCGUCCAGCAAGUUGGAAAAGGGGCCCCGAAACUGAGUUAGGAGAAUAAAGGAAAAUGAAGAAACUACUCCAAGAGAAAGGACUUGAAGAAUGAGUUGUCACGAAAGAAAAUCAGAGACCAAACCCCAAAAAACAACUCAAAAAGGAACCAAUCUUUUCUGGGUGCCGGUCUAAAUGGCCUUCUCCCCCCAUACAAUCCAACAACAACAAAGACAACCAUUUCACCACCCAUUUUCCAAUCCCCAUCAUCACCCACCAAUUCCCUCAGAUUCCCUAGAAAAUUCCCAGAUAAUUUUGGGGGAUUUCACUCGAAGUCCUCGUGUUGUUUCAUGGGGGUCUUGAAUAUGGAUGUGGGGUUGAGUGGUUGCAGGGUUUUUUAUGAUUAUAGGCCAGUUUAGUUCAAGGAAUUGGCAUGAAACUGUGAAGAAUUUUCUGGCUAAUUACGGUGAUGGGGUCUAGAAGGAGAUGGGGUUGCAGCAUCUGGGUGAUGUUUUGUUUAUCAGCAUUGUCGUUUGCGGAAGGUCUGAAUGGCUAUGACCCUGAGUCCUUAGAUGCUUUUGUUCAUCAUCAAGCUUGGAAGGCUCUGGCAAGGCCUUAUACAGGCAGACUGUACAGAGUUCACCUCCCUGCAAAUUUUUCCACCAUGGAAGUCUCUGUUGUUCGUCUUAGAAGUGGGAGUUUAUGGCUAAGAGGAGUGAAUUUCAGCUCCUUUCAUAUCCCUCGAAGGACUCUGCCAAUGCCUUAUGUGAAAAGGCUGGCCAUAGUCUAUGAAAACUUGGGGAACUGGUCUUCUGAUUACUACAAAGUACCCGGUUUUUCGCUUGUUUCCCCUGUUGUUGGCUUCAUGGCCUAUGAUGCCACAAAUCUGAGCGCCUUAGGCAAUCUCAAGAUCAAUUUCAGCAUCUCGGGGGACCCCAUUUCAGUUCAUUUUCCCAGCAUUUUAGUACCAAAAGAUGAAAAUGAGACCAAAUGUGUCACAUUUGGAGAUGAUGGAUCGGUUCAAUUCAGUAACAUGACUACCCCAAAUGUGUGUUUUGCACAAGGCCAGGGCCAUUUUUCUGUUGUUGUUCCAGCUUCACCAGUGAAGAAACAGAGGUGGUGGAAGUGGUGGGCGGUUGGAUUCGGAGGCGGUUUUGCAGGACUGAUUAUAGCGGCUGUGGCUGUACUGGCUGUUGUUAAGGUAGUGAAGAAGAAGAAACUGGAAGAAAUGGAGAGAAAAUCAGAAAACAGCGAAGCUCUCAACACAGUCUGGAUAGGGAGAAGCAAAAUCCCUUCUGCAACAAUGAUCAGAACACAGCCUGUUCUUGAGAAUGCAUAUGUUCCUUGAAUUCUCCUUCAGUUUUCUUUUCACCUUCUUUACACAAAAAUGCAGAUACUUUUGUAUUCCAACACAUUAGAUUAAUUAAAGAAAAAUUUGUUCUAGAUUCAUGACAAGAAGGUCUAAUUUAUUACC